UUGAAGUCAUUAUUUUGGGCUGCAUCAAGGGCUUACAAAGAAAUUGAAUUUAAAGAGGCAUUGUCUGAGAUUAAGAGCAUUAGAAAGGACGCACAUGAUUGGUUGAGUGCAAAUCCUCCCAAUUCAUGGUCUAGAUGGGAAUUUGAUCAUAGAGCAAAGAGUAACCAUAUCACCAACAAUAUGGCAGUCCUUCAAUAAUUGUAUAGGACCAUAUAGAGACAAACCAAUUUUAUAUCUCAUCGACCAACUAUGGAUUUUAUUGAUGGAAAAAUUACACAAGAGGUUUGAGCAAGCAUGUUCGUAUAAGGGGAGCUUGACACCAAAUAUUAAGAAGAAAUUGGAUGUCAUCUACCAGCAGUCAAGAUCAUGUGUGGCAUUAUCUGUAGGUUACAAUGAGUUUGAGGUGAAUGAUGGGUCUUCGAGGUUUGUGGUCAACUUGAAUAUAAGGAAAUGUGGGUGUCAAGUGUGGGAAGCAACUGGGCUACCAUGUAAACAUGCAACUUGUUGUAUUGCGUACAAGAGGGAAAGAGUUGAAGAUUAUUGUGAUAGUUUUUACUCCCUUGGUAAAUAUAUGCGAGCAUAUGAAAACAUGAUGCAUCCACUUCCUAAUAUUUCAGAGUUGGAGGAUACUAGUAUUAUGGGUGUGGUAGAGCCACCACCUUUGAGAAGGCAACCAGGGAGACCCAAAAAAGUUAGAAAAAGAGAGGUUGGUGAACCAGCUACUGGGGAGUAUAGGAAGAAGUCUUCUUCAGUAAUAUGUCAAAGAUGCAAGCUUGAGGGUCAUAAUAGGACAUCAUGUAUGAGUGGUGCCGUUAGAAGGAAGAGGAAACGAACAUCUAAACAGAACAUAAUCAAAAUAUAGUGGGCACUCAAACUAAUGUCAAUGUUUCUCAAAGGACUAGAUCACAUAAUGAAGCAACGAACCAAAUGGAUAGUGUUCAAGCAAAGAGAAGAGCAAAAAUGGUAGCAACUCAUGCAAGGCGACAUGAAAAGGAAGCAAUGAAGUUGCAAAUCAAGGAUUAAUUUUGGAUAGUGAGCUAUUAUUUUAGGUUAUAUAACAAUGAAUUUCUUUUUGUGGGCUUAGUUUUAUGUAUUUGGUGGAUGAAUUGAAAUUGGAUGUAGAUGCUACUUCAGUUCGUUUUUUUGGAGGACAGACAUAUGCUUUUGUUUUGGAUGUAGAUGCUACUAUAGUUUGUUUGUUUGGAGAGCAGACACAUGCUUCUAUUUUGGAUGGAGAUGCUACUUUCUUUACUUGGCAUCCCUAUUAUAUUGUACAGUCAAUUGAUUUUUUGAUAUCCUACUAGUA